GGGCCGCACACCCCCACCCAAUUUUUCUGGGAGUACCCCCCCGGGCUGUAACCGUCCUAAACUCUACUUCUGACUUCUUUACUCCGCCAUAACUACCAUCGCGAUGCCUUUACAAGACAUGAACGAAAAUUUCUGAUUAUUUUAAUCAAAUAAAGAUUACAUAAAGUCCUCUGACAGUGUCACGACGGUUGUCGAUAAUCAGAAAGCCCACUGCUAGCUAGGGCAGGGGUGCUGGGGUGACCUAACACCUAUUUUCUGUUCCCGACAGUACCCGCGCAAGUGCAAUAGGUUAUCCAGAACAUUUCGUGACUGAGUCAACCUGUCGUGCUGUGGACUACGCUCUUCCUUCUGAGGUGAACUUGGAGAGAAAUCGAGUAAUUCAUCAAGCAUGGCUUCAGAGCUCCCUUCACUGGCAGGAAAGGUGUGCAUUGUGACAGGGGCAUCACGCGGUGUUGGCAAGGGUAUUGCCUUGAUUCUGGCUAAGGCAGGAGCUACUGUUUACAUCACAGGGAGGACUCUUGAUACUGCAGAGGGGAAACCAGGAUCACUGAGGCAAACAGCUGAAGAGAUAGGUCAAGGAAGUUCUGGUCAAUGUAUUCCAGUUAAAUGUGAUCAUGGCAAUGAUGAAGAAGUGAAACAGUUGUUUGACAAAGUUAGUCGAGAACAAAAUGGACGAUUGGAUGUUCUUGUGAACAAUGCCUACAAAGGAGUUCCGGCAUUAUUUGAGGGUGAAGGGAAACCAUUUUAUGAGCUGCCUGUGAACACGUGGGAUGAAGUAAAUAAUGUAGGCUUGAGGUCCAAUUAUGUUGCUGCCUGCUACGCAGCCAAGAUGAUGGUUCCAGCAAAACAGGGGCUCAUUGUCAAUGUGUCAUCUUCUGGAGGACUGCAUUAUCUGUUUAAUGUUGCAUAUGGUGUUGGCAAAGCAGCAAAUGACAGAAUGGCUGCAGAUAUGGCUGUUGAACUACGAAAACACAAUGUGGCAUGUGUUUCACUGUGGCCUGGACCUGUAAAGACUGAACUGAUCCAAGAAUUGGUGCUUGACAAGGCUGCUGAGGAUGAAAAGCAGAGUGAAGAAGCCCGAAUGUUCAAGGACGGUGAAGAUAUAACUUAUUCUGGCAAAGCUGUUGCUUGGCUUGCAGCAGAUCCCAACAUCAUGAAGAAGAGCGGUCGUAUUUUGAUAGUGGCUGAGUUGGCCAGAGAAUAUGGCUUCAAAGAUGUCGGAGGAGUUCAGCCAUUAUCCAUUCGCCAAGUCAAGUUUUACUUUCAGGUGAUGUACCCUUCCGUGGCGUGGAUGGUGCCUGAGUUUGUUUAUGUUCCUGCCUGGUUAAUGGCAGCUGCCACUCAUAAGUUUUAAUCACGUGAUAAGCCGAGAGGCGUUCCCGGUUGAAAUAACGCAGAUUACGUGUUACGUGCGCAAAACCUCGGUAUAUUUAAGGGAAUUAUAUUUUUAUUAUUAUUUUAUUGCUCAAACAAUUGCAACAAUCACUACAGUUACAAAACAGUCAAAAGCAGUCUACAGAUCACGUAUCUACGCAUAACAAUCUACACCAGACGUACAACAAACUUACAGUACGCUACUUACUUACAGCUUUGGCUUACAAACACUAUAGAAAAUAAUACAAGUACACUAAUUACAAGACAAUAAUUGGUACUAAAAAACAAUAGAAAGCUUAUACUUGUUGCCGCACGCUAGGCCCCUAGAGUACAGUAUAGUUAUAAACUAUUAUGAGUGCGUUCAACGCCGUCAUUUUAAUAUACAGUGGAACCUCCCGUAAGCGACAACCCAAAAUGUCAAACCUAGGUGGUCGCUUAUGGGAGGUGGUCACUUACGAGAGCUUAGACCAUAAUGGGUCCAAAUUUUUCCUCAUUAGAAUAUGGUAACUGCCGAGACUUAACCCCUUUUAUUCAUGUAAAAGUCAA